AUGGAUGAGCUGAACGACGAGCUGCUAAAGAAAAUCACAAACAAUAAAAUUCAGCCUCCCCACAGGAAUUUCAAAGUGGAAAAGCCUCAGCAAGUUUUUGUGCCCCUCACCUUUGAAUCCAGCACUGAAGAAGUCAAAGCCUGGCUGGAAGCCAAGUCAUUCAGCAAAGAGACCGUGGAACACCUGGGCAUCCUCACCGGAGCUCAGCUCUUCUCCCUCAACAGAGAGGAGCUGAAGAAGGUGUGUGGUGAUGAGGGAAACAGAGUGUACAGCAAGAUCACAGUGGAGAAAAACCAGCUGGAGAAAAGCAGAGGGGAGUCAGAGCUCCAAGAAAUCAUGAAGCGCCGCCAGGAAAGGAUUGAUUCUGCUAAUUAAAGUCUCUCUGUUUAUUUCAGCUCUUAGCCCUAAGUAGUGCAGAAAAAAAGGGAAUGAAAGCAAUGAUUCCCGGCCCAGGCCGGAGGCAGCAGAGCCCCCCUUGGGGUCCAGCUGCCAUCAGAGUGACAACUCCUUGAACACUGUUGGGAAGGGUUGACAGUAAGACCACAUCCCACUGGGAAAGGUGUUUUAAUUUUGCAUGAAGUAUUUUUUUUAUAACUAUAUAUUUUAUACUGAAAUUUUCCGUGCAUGCGAUCAGAGCAGGAUUCCCACGGGGCUGGAUGUACGACCAGGGCUGGAUUCAAACAAAGACCCCAGAGCUUUUCUCCGAGGGCUGUCCCUGCUCCCACCCCUCGCUGGCAGAGCAGGCCUGGCACACAGCUCAGGAGGGGACAAGGCUUUGGAACCCUGCAGUGGUUUGGGUUUAAGGAAAGGACAUUAAAGCUCAUCCUGUUCCUCCCCUAUCAUGGGCAGGGACGCCUUUCCCAAGGCCAAGUUGUUCAAAUCCUGUCCAGCCUGGCCUUGGAUGCUUCCAGGGAUGGGGAGUAACGACCCCUCUGGGCAACCUAAGGCAGCCCCAUUUCCAUUUCCUCCUCAGUGCAGGUGUCCCCUGCAGCCCAUGAGCCCAGCCCGGUGACAGCUCCCUGUCCCCCUCCUGUCCCCCUGUGUCCCCUCACUGGACAAGGCUGGAAUGGCAACACACAUUCCCAAAGUCUGGCUGCCUCCUUAAAUCCACAGAGCAGUUAGUGCUGUCUCUGAACAGCUGAGAUGAGCUCUCAGUGCCUAGAAACGAGCAGGAGUGACAAACAAAGGGAUCUGAAGGUGCACAUAGGUGAGCUCCACCUGCCCACUGCUGCUGAUGCACAGCCCCGGGCUCAGGGCAGCUGUGCAGCCCUUCCCUGGGCCACUGAUCCUGCACUGGAAUGUUGUGGGGUUGCCAAACCCGCCCUCAAACCAGGAGAAGAUAAGCCCUGACCAUUCGCUCCUGUCCCAGGCACACCCACAGCUCUUCCCAGGGUGUUGGUCACUCGUCCCCACCUUCACGUUUUCACUGUAAAAAGCUGAAAUUAUUCCCAAAUAGCUGAAACCCCAAAGCACACUGGGAAAGGCAGGUUUAACUCCAAAUAAGUGGGCACAAAGAAAAAAAAAUCUAAUUUAGCACAGGGUGUUGCUCUUGACUUCCUGUUUGCCUUCAUAAAGUUAUGUGCAUUUAUAUAUAACAAUCUGUAAAUAGGGGGUGAGGAAAAUCUCUCUCCCUAGAGGCAGAAUUAGUGAUUAUGCUUCCAAAAAUUUACUCACAAUUUCUUAACUCAAGCAAGCAGCAUAGUUCCUGUCCACAGCAAGUGUGGCACAUUGCAUUUCUAUCUCUGUUUAACUGACAGACCAACCUGAUUGCAAAGCACUGAAGCAAACACAGCUCCAGAGCUGCCCACAGCCCAGGCACAGCUGGCUUUUCUCUCUCAGCACUGCUGAGUCUUUGCCCAAAUUUGUGUCUGUCCUUACACAUUCAAUGGAAAAAGCUUUAACACAGUGUUGGGGAACUCGUGUCUCCAUCUGAGAGCACCAGUGCACCUCAGUUUUGGCUUUAUUCCUGACUGUCUCCAAUGGAUAAUCUGUUUUCUUCAUUUGAAAGAGGGCACUGCUGGCACCAGCAGAAUUAGGGUGCAGGCAGGGGGGGAUCCUGGGUUUAGUCACAGCCCUGCUGGGAUCUGAGAAGGGCACUCACCUUGUCAGGGAGGGAUGAAGAGGACAAUCCUCCUGAGAAGCCCUGGCUCUGGAUUAGGGUGGAGAAGGGAAGCAGGAUGGCAAGCACAGGAGGUGGAAAAGUUUCUGAAAUGAAAAUAAAAACAAAUGUUGAGAUAGGAAACACACCCCCUUCUAGUCCUGGGGUGUAGAGGAAAGCAAAUCACAGGGAAUUACAGUUAUCUGGGAUUUUAACAGGAGUGGACAGGACAGCUCUGUAAUGCUGGGAGCCACAGGAGCACUUCCCAAAACAAGUAUCUCAGCAGACCUUAUUGCAGAGGUCACUUUUACAAAUUUCCAUGCGACUGAGCUGUGCAUCUGUUCUAUUUGUACUGCCUGCAGACACUGCUAUAAAGUACUGUACAUUGAUGUAACUGAGCGAAGGAGACAAUGAUAUAACCAUGCACUGUACAAGAGUUAUUAAAAUAGUUAAGUUAUACUUAUAAA